AUACACAUCAUUCACAAUACAAUUACAUCCAUCAUUUUUGUUUUAAUUGUAUCAUCAAAGAUGACUAAAAACACUGCUCUCACAAUUUUCAUGGUUCUCUUAGUUAUUGGAAUGGUGAUGGAGGAGACGCAAGGCAAAACAUGUCAUGACUAUAUUCAAGCAGAACACUGUGAAAUUAAUCAGUGUAACCAAGAGUGUUCUACCAAGUGGAAAGGAGUAGGAGUUAAAGGAUCGUGUGAACCACCUGGAUUCGAACCAUUAGACCAGACCUGCCUAUGCAGUUUUAAUUGUGGAAAUUGAUAUUUCUUUAUUAUC